CUCUGAUUGGCCGCCGGAUCGCGGCGCCAAAAGAGGAAAGAGGAAGCGUCGUCAACACAGAAGAAGAGAUUAUCUACGCGAUGUUUCAGUAAAUAUAUGUCGGUAAACGCUGCCUUUGACCUCGUUCGGCCAUAAAGAUGGACACGCAGUCCUAUCUGCCCGUACAGCCCGGGGUGGGAAUGCAGGAGAACUUCCUGUCUCUCGACGACAUUCUGCUCUCUCACGAGCGGCUCCCGAUCCGCACGGAGUGCGCCUUCCCCCGGCUGGGCUACCUGGAGAAGGCGACCGACGCGCAGGACAUCCCGCAGGGCACCAAGAUGGAGCUCCCUCUGUGGCUGUCCAAGGGCCUGUACGAGAGGAAGAGGAGGGUGCUGUCGGUGGAGCUCCCCAAGGUGUACAGGGAGGGCUGGAGGACCGUGUUCAACGCCGACCCCAACGUGGUGGACCUGCACAAGAUGGGGCCCUACUACUACGGCCUGGGCUCCCAGAUGCUGCACUUCGACAGCCCAGAGAACCCGGAGAUCGCCCAGACGCUGCUGCAGACGUUCAUCGGCCGCUUCAGACGGAACAUGGACUCGUCCCAGAACGCCUACAACGAGGACACGUCUGCGCUGGUGGAGCGCCUGGACUGCUUGGAGAAGUUCCUGUUCACGUCGGGGCAGAGCGGCCUCAACGGCUUCCAGAGCUGGGAGAAGGGACGGGCCUCGCAGCUCACCGCCUCCAGCCUGGUCCUCAACUACCGCAAGAGGAAGAUGGCCGACGUGCCGCCCUGAGCCCACUUUCAGUGUCGUCCUCAGAGCCGGACCCCCCCGCAGUGGGACGGGGUUUCAUUUAUUAUGCCACGUCCACGUCUCCCGUAUCCACACAUGCAGCGUGUUCGUGAUCCCUCUGCUCGUUGAACUGUUGAUGCACGUUCACAACUCGGGAGUUGAAUUGUAUAAAGUAAAUAUGUUGCUUUACAAAUCAAA